CUAAAAAUAUUAGAUUAUCAAUUCUGUCUUCAAAACAGAUAUAUCUUACUUUUAGUUGAUAAUGCAUCUAGUCAUUAUGAUCUCAAUAGUAUUUUACCACCCUCUGAUUCUAAUUUUAAUAGUAAAGAAGAAACCGAGUUAAUAAGAGCUACAUCAACAUCUAAAACUAAGAGUAAAAAAGUUCCUAAUUUACAACAAAAUAAAAGUCAAGCUCGCAAUG